CCCGCCUCCCGCCCCCGCCCCAGUCUUCGCGCUCAGCCCCGGCACUAGGAGCAGCCCGGGCGGCGGUGCGAAGGUACUCGCCAUGUCUGCGGCCGCGAGAGAGAGAUUCGACCGGUUUCUGAAGGAGAAGAACUGCAUGACCGACCUUUUGGCCAAGCUCGAGGCCAAGACCGGCGUGAACAGGAGAUACAUCGCGCUCGGUGUCAUUGGGCUGGUGGCUUUGUAUCUGAUGUUCGGUUAUGGAGCUUCUCUCCUCUGCAACUUGAUAGGAUUUGGCUAUCCGGCCUACGUCUCGAUUAAAGCCAUAGAGAGUCCCAACAAAGAAGAUGAUACCCAGUGGCUGACCUAUUGGGUAGUGUAUGGUGUGUUCAGCAUUGCUGAAUUCUUCUCUGACCUCUUCCUGUCAUGGGUCCCCUUCUACUACAUGCUGAAGUGCGGCUUCCUGUUGUGGUGCAUGGCCCCAAGCCCUUCUAACGGGGCGGAACUGCUGUAUAAGCGUGUCAUCCAUCCUUUCUUCCUGAAGCAUGAGUCCCAGGUGGACACUAUGGUGAAUGACUUGAAGGACAAAGCCAAAGAAACUGUAGAUACCAUCACUAAAGAAGCCAAGAAAGCAGCAGUGAAUUUACUUGGUGAAGAAAAGAAGAGCACCUAACUGCUGACUGGAUGAGACCUUUCUGCCCUCUCUGUACCUGCCUAUUAGCGCUUGAUGUUAUAUUAGGGACUGUGGUAUAAUCAUUUUAAUAAUGUUGCCUUGGAAACAUUUUUGAUAUAUUAAAAAAAGGAAUGUGUGUUUUUUUGGUUUCUUUUGCUUACUUUUACUGUCUAUAUACAUAGGGGGCAUUUAAAUUUAAUGCAAUGGGCAGCGUCCAAAUUUUUGGAAAAUAUAUUUUGCCUCUGGGAAGGAAAAGACAUGUGUUACCAUCCUGUAGGAAAUAGAAACUUGAAAUUCUAUAUCCCACAGGCUUUGUACUUCAACAGGCUCUCUCUGCAUGCAUUUUCUCUGUACUUCUAUUUUAGGAUACUCUUUAAGGUUCUACUUCAUGUAAUGUACAAUUUUGUAUGAAAUGUUUUUAAUGUAUUUGUGCAUACAUAUGUGUAGGGAAAUGUUACUGUCUGACUGUGACAUGUAUAAUGCUCACAGGGAGCGCCUGCCAAAAAGCUGAAGGUUCCAGUGUGCUGGUGUGAUCUGUUAAAUAAUAUCUCAGAAAAUUAAAACAAAUACUGAUGUUUCCAGUGAAUAGUUAAGUGAUAAAUGAAGUUCGGUGGGGGUUGGCCUGGUUGUUUCGCUAACUUUGUAGCAGCUGAAUACCAGAAUAGAUGUGUAAAGCAGUCACUUUGGUGAUAGAUGGGGAAAUGUACACACACACACCAAUAAUAUACGGCUCCCAACUUCCUGUAGAACUAGUAAUGUCUUGUGGCCUUAAAAAAAAAGCUGAUUAUAAACUUUAGAUUUGUCUGUUUUAAGAUGCUAUAAUGGAAACCAUUCCUGGUUUCUUCUUCAAAGCUUAGUAAUAUGUUGGUUUAGUCUUGUUUCUUUACUAGUCUUUUUUUUUUUUUUUUUUUUUGAAACUAGCCUAAGGAACCUCUAGACUUUCCCACCUCUGAUUACAGGUAUGUUCUUGUUUCUGUCAUUAGCAGCUACAUGCUAAUGAUGACACCAGGCUCUUAGACCAAGGCUGGGAGAAUGAAAGGAUGAUCUAACCUAUAUAAUCCAGUUGACAGUGAAGUCAAACUGCUUUCACCUUCUUUCUCUGGCCUUUAAAGUCAAACAAACAAGAGGCCUUCCUGGUUUAAAUUUCAGUCAUUUGUGGUCCAUUUAAAUGCCUUCAUCUUUAUACUCUGUUUUGAUAAAUUGCAGAUAACCACAUAGUUUAAGUACAGAACAAAAAUUUAACAUUAAGGUUUCUGGUUUGAUCUGCCAACUUACAGGAACUUCAAAAACUGAGCAUCCUUCUGAAUUAGACUACACUGACCAAACAAAACCAAUUAUAACAAAACAAGUUUAAUUAUCCCGUCUGUAAAAUACUUUUUAAGGCAAAAAGGAGAUAAUUAGCUCUCCUUUGGAUAACAGGUAAGAUCAUAAUGAAAUCUCGUGAUGUAAAAAAUACCAAAGAUAUCAAAAAUUAGGGACAAUAUCAGCUAAAUAUUAUAAUAUGGAUCACAUUAUUUAUUUUUUUCCUGUACGACAGUGGUAAUCACAAGGCAUCUUAUUAAACUUACCUUAAAGGAAAAAAAAAAAAAACUUAGAAAAUAAGCAAUUAAUUAUCAGCAGAAAAUCAAGCCUUAGAUUAAAAAAAAAAAAAGUUCCUCCAGGAGUACUUAAGUUCCUUUCCCCAUAAUAAAGUACACUUUUCUUGGUGGCAGAAGAAUGAAAAUUAGCAACUUCUAGCAUACAGAAUAUAUAAUCAGGGUGUCAGCAUGUAGAAUGUAUAACUUUCAGUAUACAAAAUACCAGGCAAGAGGGGGAAGCGUAAAAGUUACUAUUGCUCAUAACUACUUACAGGCUGAUACCAGUUUAAAAACUGCUAUAGUAAGAAAAUAUAUUCUGAAUGCGAUUAUUUUGUCCUUACAGCUUUUUCCUGCAGUGCAUUCUGUAAGAAAUUUAAGUUCCUGUUUUUGGCAAAGUGUACAUACUAAUGACAGAAGUUAAUGAGUUGAGCAAUUGUGUCUGUUUAAAUUUCCCAGAUAACAUAUUGCCAUGGCUAGAGUAUUUGAAAAACUAAUUGAGCCUGUGUCUGGCUAGAAGACAAGCAUUUAUGUGUACAUGAAUGGUGUUUCAGGGGUAAAAUCAAAGAAUCUCCCCAACAGUUCUUCCCUUACUUGAAAGCUUUCAGAUCAACAGUUACUGCUACUCUGGGGAAAGUUUUCUAUCCAUAGCCUGAAGAAAAUGAGCAUAGCCAUUAAAUAAGUUAUCACCCAUCCUGAAGAUGUGAUAUAUUAAAUGGAAAUGGAUGUAAAUAAACUUCUGUUAUCUCACUGAA